GCAGACUCAGCUGCUGCAGCGGCUCCGGCUCACCUUAACAAACCCUGUUAAUGUUUUCACUUUACUGCUCUGAACCGGGACACUGUGGACCAUGAGGUGCCGUGGAGCUGACACACGCACACACACUGGAUAACAUGGCCAACGGAAAGCUGAAAUCACAGAGCCAGGGGGAUGGAGCAGAAGGCCCGGACGGAGGCUGGGGCUGGGUGCUGGUCGUGGCGAUGUUCGUCAGCACCAGCCUCGUGUUUGGACUGAUGCGCAGUUUGGGGAUCUUCUUUGUGGAGUUCGUCCAGUACUUUGAGGAGAGCGCUCAGGCCAUCUCCUGGAUCUCAUCCAUCGGCUUGGCAGCGCAGCAGUUCUUCAGCCCGCUGGGUGCAGCUCUAUGUAACGCAUAUAAUGCCAGGCUGGUUGUGAUGACAGGAGGUUUUCUUUCCGGACUCGGACUCAUCCUGGCCUCACAGGCCACCUGCCUGGUUCACCUCUACCUUUCUAUGGGAGUACUCUCAGGUUUGGGGUGGGGGCUGGUCUUCACCCCCAUGGUGGCCACAGUCAUGGCUAACUUCACCCGUAGACGAGCGCUGGCUGUGGGACUGGGUUUCUCUAGCAUCGGCCUUUCUUCCUUUGCUUUUAACCCACUUUUCCUGCUGCUGGUGGAGACAUAUACCUGGCGCGGAGCCCUGCUCAUCCUGGGGGGCCUCAGCCUCAACAUCAUGGCCUGCGGAGCCCUUAUCCGACCAGAGUGUCUCUCUAAAGCCUCAACAAAGGUGGACUCACAGAGCAGAUCAUCACAGCCUGACCUCCUGCAGAGAGUCUCCUCCUACCUGGAGGUGUCGCUGCUUUGUGAGAGGCCGUAUCUCACCUACGCCUUAGGUGUAACUCUUUUAAACUUUGGCUACUUUGUGCCAUAUUUCCACCUGGUGGCCCACAGCCGCCAGGUGGGCUUCUCUGAGUACCGAGCGGCAUUCAUUAUGUCAGCUGCAGGCAUCACAGACAUUUUUGGCCGAAUUGCCUCAGGCUGGUUCUCGGACUUGGGGCGCUUUCGGGUGGUGCAUCUGCUGACCUUGUGGUCAUUUUUGGCGGGAGUGUUCAUCAUGCUGCUGCCCGUGAGCUCCUUGACGCGCUCCUACACUGUAAUGAUUGUGAUCAGCCUUCUCUACGGUUUCUGCUCCGGCGCUUUGACCUCCAUGGUGUUUGCUGUGGUGCCGAUGAUCAUGGGCGUGGAGCGCAUGAUGGGAGGCCUUGGGCUCCUGCAGCUGAUAGAGAGCUGUGCAGGACUGCUGGGUACUCCGCUGUCAGGUUGGCUCAGAGACAUGACAGGAAACUACACGGCCUCCUUUGUGGUCGCCGGCUCUUUUGUGCUCCUCGGUAGUUUGACCAUGACCACGCUGCCUCACUAUUUCUCCUGCGCGGAGCCUCCACCUCCUCAGAGACCCGUCCUCGUUGAUAACAGCGAGACUUUGAAUUUAGAGCUCGUACAGAAGGACGGCUGCUCGCCUGAAUUCAACCAUCAAACCGCGGAACAAAGAGAACGGUGAUCUUAUCGGGGAACGUCUUUGUUUGCAAAAGCACACAUCAAACCUGGACCAGGCUGCAGUUUUCCACUUCGAUGACUCCGUAUUAUUACUAAGUCAUGCGAAUGAACGUCUGUUCUGCUCACUGUUAGCGACUCAGUGUUGUCAGAAGUUUCUCCGCUGGAGCACAAGAUUGUUUUCUCAUCCGCUCUUCUCGAUGACCCUCUCAUUUUGUUUGCACGUGCUCUCUGAACCUCUGUAAACCAUAAACCAAGAAUGCCUUUGUAACACCAAAUAUGUUUGGCCUUGGGAACAGCUGGGUGAACAUCUGGGUCACAAUGAACUGCUGGUUACUGGCAGGGUUGCUGCGACCAAACAGGCUUUUGGAUAAUACUUAACGCUGGUUAAGGCAACUGUUUAAAGGUGAAAACUUUUUACUUAGCAGGAAUAUUUUUUAAUAAACUCAAAUUAUGGUAUUUUUAUUUUUAUAUAAAGCAUUCAAAGCUGCUGCAGACUCUCAGAUUAAUCACAUUAAACAGGUAAUCUGUGUGACUAUUGGUUCUGUGUAUAUCCCAGCCUCAUGCAUUGUCGCCCUCUGGUGGACUUCCACGAGAAAAGCUCUCACACCGAAACGCACGGUCGCACUGUUUGUUUUAUUCGGUCAAAUACAAAUUUGAUGAUGAUGUCACACGAUGUAGACAAAAUACACAUAAAUAUUGUCUUUUGUAAAGUUGAAAUCUGCCAACUGCAUAGAUUUUAUGGUAUUUUAUUGGAAUAAAAAUGCUCUUUUUGUAAAA